UGCGGAACUCCGUCCGUGCGCUCACAGAGGGUUUGGGAUGGAAACGAAUGUUGUUGUCAGCCGUCAAAUGCGACAUUAGUGGUAAAGAAGACGGCAACGAGCGGAUGUUAUUGGGUGUCACCCUAUGUGUAGAUUGUAUUUCACUGUGAAAUGAAAAUGUCACUGAUAAUGUCAAAAGAGAAGAUCUAAUUUCUGCCAAUUGCCUUCCUCUUUACCUGCGGGGGUCAACGGAGUAGCUUGGUAAUAGUGCUAGCUUGUCAGAGGAGAGAGCCUGCCAAACAGCUUGCAUCUUGAGGAAGUCCCACCCGUUUCCAGCACGCUGCCCCAGGGCACCAUGAUUAGGGGCGACCCAGCUGUCCCACGUCAUUCCUAGCUCAGCUCCAGCUCCUGAUUGGACACCAUCUCUGUUGCGCCCCGGUUGCCAUGACUUAGAGAAGGUUCCGGAUCAAAGAUGGAGAAAAAGAAGAUGUGCCCCCGCCUGCUGGACUACCUGGUGGUAGUCGGAGCCAGGCAGCCCUGCAGUGACAGCGUGGCUCAGACACCCCAGUUGCUGCGGCGCUACCCUCUGGAGGACCACCCGGAAUUCCCGCUGCCGCCGGACGUGGUGUUCUUCUGCCAGCCCGAGGGCUGCCUGAGCAUUCGCCAGCGCCGCGUCAGUCUCCGUGACGACGCCUCCUUCGUCUUCACCCUCACCGACAAGGACUCGGGCGUCACGCGCUAUGGCAUCUGCGUCAACUUCUACCGCUCGUUCCAGCGUGGACACCACAGACCCCGGACAGAGGCCAGAGGAGACAAGGCUGCCCCGACGACAGAAAUGGGGGUGGAGGCCACGGAGAAGACGGAGCUGUCCUCUGCCGACGAGACUGUGCCGGACUCCGUGGCCCCUCCGGCUGAGACGGGCCCCGCCAAGUCGCCCCGGCCGAAGCGCGGGGGUCGUGUGGCCCCCCGCAUUCGCAACAGCAGCCUGACGUCGCUCUGCAUCCUCAGCCACUACCCCUUCUUCUCCACCUUCCGCGAGUGUCUCUACAUCCUCAAGCGCAUGGUGGACUGCUGCAGCCAGAGGCUCAACCAGCGCGCCGGCCUGCCCAAGGGCACACAGAGGGACACCAUGUGGCGCAUGUUCACGGGCGCUCUGUCCUCGGAGGAGAAGGAGAAAGGCAGCCCUCCGCUGGCGGAUCUGCGAGAGAUCGAGUCGUGGGUGUACCGGCUGCUGCGCUCGCCCGUGCCUGUGGCCGGCCAGCGGCGCGUGGACGUGGAGGUGCUGCCGCACGAACUCCAGCCGGCGCUCACCUUUGCCCUGCCCGACUCCUCGCGCUUCUGCAUGGUGGACUUCCCCCUGCACCUGCCUCUGGAGCUGCUGGGGGUGGACGCCUGUCUGAUGGUGCUCAGCUGCAUCCUGCUCGAGCACAAGGUGGUCCUUCAGUCCCGGGACUACAACGCUCUGUCCAUGAGCGUGAUGGCGUUCGUGGCCAUGAUCUACCCUCUGGAGUACAUGUUCCCCGUCAUUCCUCUGCUGCCCACGUGUAUGGCCUCCGCAGAGCAGCUCCUUCUUGCCCCCACCCCCUACAUCAUUGGCGUUCCGGCCUCUUUCUUCCUGUACAAGGCCGAGUUCAGGAUGCCAGACGACGUGUGGCUGGUUGAUCUCGACUGCAACAGGGUCAUCAGACCCAGCAAUGCGGAGAUCCUUCCCCCUCUCCCUGAGCCCGAGUCGACUGAGCUCAAGAAACACCUAAAGCAGGCGCUGGCCAGCAUGAGUCUCAACACGCAGCCCAUCCUCAACUUUGAGAAGUUCCAGGAGGGCCAGGAGCUGCCGUUGCUCCCGCCCAGUCGGGACAAGGCCUCGCCGUCCUCUACCGAGUUCAACCCCCUCAUCUACGGCAACGACGUCGACUCUGUGGACGUGGCCACCAGGGUUGCCAUGGUGAGGUUCUUCAACUCGCCGAACGUCCUGCAGGGGUUCCAAAUGCACACGCGCACGCUGCGCCUCUUCCCUCGGCCCGUGGUGGCCUUCCAGGCUACCUCCUUCCUGGCCUCCCGACCGCGCCGCUCUGGGUUCGCCGACAAGCUCUCGCACACGCAGGCCGUGGAGUACUACGGGGAGUGGGCCCUCAACCCCACCAACCUGGCCUUCCAGAGGAUCCACAACAAUGUGUUUGAUCCCUCUCUGAUUGGAGACAAGCCCAAGUGGUACGCACACCAGCUGCAGCCGGUCUUCUACCGCGUGUACGACGGCUCGUCUCAGCUGGCUGAGGCCAUCAGCGGCCCACUCGAGGAAGAGGCCAACGACUCGGACCCUACCGAUGACAGUGGCAGUGACAGUGAAGGCUAUGAUGACUCCAGUUCAUCCUACUCCUCCCUGGGGGACUUUGUGAAUGAGAUGAUCAAAGGGGACAUUUCGGGAGACACUCCAAAUGUGGAUCCGCUGGGGCACGCAGCGCUGGGGGAUGCCAGUGAGGUGGAGUUCCACGACUUCCAGGAGUACAAGGAGGGGGAGGAGGCCACGGAGACCGCGGUCGAGGCGGAGGUCGAGGGCGAGGGGGAGGGUCCAGCGGAGGCAUCAGAGGGCCAGCCGCUGCGCUCUAGCUCCAGCACCACGGCCAGCUCCAGCCCCAGCACCAUCAUCCAGGGGGUCAACCACGAGCAGCCUGAGCCUGCUGAGAUGGAGGCAUCUGCUAGCGCCGCCCUCAAGAACGCUGUCCCAGGAUUGGCUGGCCAGCCUUUCUCCCGCCCCAGCCCUGAGCCCACCUCUUCAGACCCGGCCAAUAAGAAGAAGGAGUAUGAUAACCCUUACUUUGAGCCUCAGUAUGGCUUCCCUGCGGAGGAUGAUGCAGACAGCGAGGAGCAGGAGGAGAGCUACACCCCGCGCUUUAGCCAGAACCUCAACGGAAACAAGCCACAGCGCCCCCUACGGCCCAGCAGUCUCAAGCUCCCAGGGGAGUCGGACGGUGAGGGAGACUCCCGCAACAGCUCGCCCAACUCAACCAUCUCCAACAACAGCGGCGACGGAUUUGGAGGCCUCAUGUCAUUUGCCAGUAACCUGUACAAGAACCACGGCACCAGCUUCAGUCUGUCCAACCUGGCUCUGCCCAACAAGGCCGCCAGGGAGAAGGCCACACCCUUCCCCAGUCUCAAAGACGACGAUGAUGAUGAUGAUGAUGAUGAUGAUGAUGAUGAUGCUGAUGAGCCUGAAAGCCCGGUAUUUGGGCUAAAUUCUCUAAUGGAGAUUAUAACAGAGGUCGGCCCGGGGAGCGGAGAAGGGGCCCGUGGUCCCAGAGCUCUGGUGGACCAGAAGUCGUCGGUCAUCAAGCACAGCCCUACUGUAAAGAGAGAGUCCCCCUCCCCUCAGGGGAAGGCCAACAACACCAGCGAGAACCAGCAGUUCCUGAAGGAGGUUGUCCAGAGCGUGCUGGAAGGGCAGGGCGUAGGAUGGCUCAACAUGAAGAAGGUGCGCCGUCUACUGGAGAACGAACAGCUGCGUGGCUUUGUGCUCAGCAAGCUCAACCGCGCCGUCCAAUUAGAAGAGGACGCGCGACAGGAGGUCAUCAGGGACGUGGAGGUGAACAGGAAGGUGUACAAGGGCAUGCUGGACCUGCUGAAGUGUACGGUGUCCAGCUUGGAACACUCGUACACCAACGCAGGCCUGGGGGGCAUGGCCAGCGUCUUCAGCCUGCUGGAGAUAGCACGCACCCACUACCAAACCAAAGAGGCCGAGAAGCGGAAGCGCAGCCCCAUGGAGGGCGCCAGCAGCCCGGGCAGCAAGGAGAGCCCAUCGGGCCGCAUGGAGAGCGCCCGGGCCGCCGGCGUACUGCUGGUUCCCCGGCUCCAGCUCCACCCGCCUUCCGCCACAACCGGAAAGGGCGCACGGCAAUUCGAUACCCGCAGUCUGAACGAGGAGAAUUUUAUUGCGUCCAUUGAAUUGUGGAGCAGGCACCAGGAUAACAGAAAGCAAAAUGCUUUGGAAAAGGAACAGAGAGCGGAGGGGGCCAAGCAGCGCGCCGAGGGCAAGGCAGGAGACACAGAGGAGAAGAAGUCCCAAAUCAGCGCCGACAGUGGCCUGAGUGUCACCUCGGGCUCACAGAGGAGCGAUACGGAGUCUGUGGCCAGCUCUGAACCUCCAGCGCUGACCCGCAGCACCAGUCAGGACUCUGAGGCCAGCACAGUGGUGAGCAACAGCUCAGGUGAGACCCUGGGAGCGGAUAGCGACCUGAGCAGCACAGCAGGGGACGGCCUGGGCAGACAGGCGCCUCACCUGACCCUCUCCAGGGGCACCCUGUCCGACAGCGAGAUAGAGACCAACCCCGCCACCAGCUCUGUGUUCGGGAAGACCCACCAGCUGAAGCCUGGGAAGAGGGAGCCGAAGGGGGUCAUGUCCAAAGGAGCACCACCGCCACCUCUGGAGGAUGUCAGCAUGAGGAUUUACCUGUGUGAGGGCCUGCUGGGGCGUGACAAGAGCUCCAUGUGGGACCAGCUGGAGGAUGCUGCCAUGGAGACCUUCUCCUUGAGCAAAGAGCGCUCCACUCUGUGGGACCAGAUGCAGUUCUGGGAGGACGCCUUCCUGGACGCCGUGAUGCUGGAGCGGGAGGGCAUGGGCAUGGACCAGGGCCCGCAUGAGAUGAUCGACAGGUACCUGUCCCUGGGUGACCACGACCGAAAGCGGCUGGAGGAUGAUGAGGAUCGGCUCUUAGCCACACUACUGCACAACAUGAUCGCCUACAUGCUCAUGAUGAAGGUAAGCAAGGCUGAUAUUCGGAAGAAGGUGAGGCGUCUGAUGGGCAAGUCUCACAUUGGCCUGACGUACAGCCAGGAGAUCAACGACAUCCUGGACCGCCUCAAUAACCUGAACGGCCGUGAGCUACCCAUCAGGCCGAGCGGCAGCCGACACAUUAAGAAGCAGACGUUUGUGGUGCAUGCUGGGACAGACACCACAGGGGACAUCUUCUUCAUGGAGGUGUGUGACGACUGCAUCGUGCUGCGCAGCAACAUUGGCACGGUGUACGAGCGCUGGUGGUACGAGAAGCUCAUCAACAUGACCUACUGUCCCAAGACCAAGGUGCUGUGUCUCUGGCGACGCAACGGCCAAGAAACCCAGCUCAAUAAGUUCUACACUAAGAAGUGUCGUGAGCUGUACUACUGUGUGAAGGACAGCAUGGAGCGGGCAGCUGCACGUCAGCAGAGCAUCAAACCAGGUCCAGAGCUUGGGGGCGAGUUCCCCGUGCAGGACAUGAAGACCGGCGAGGGCGGCCUGCUGCAGGUCACUCUGGAGGGUAUCAACCUUAAGUUCAUGCACAGCCAGGAGCGGAAGGUUUUCAUAGAGCUGAAUCACAUUAAAAAGUGCAAUACUGUGAAGGGAGUCUUUGUCCUGGAGGAAUUUGUUCCUGAAACUAAAGAAGUGGUGAUCCACAAGUACAAGACGCCCAUGGCACACCAGAUCUGUUACUCCGUCCUCUGUCUCUUCUCCUACGUGGCGGCGGUGAAGGGGAAGGAGGCUGAGGGCAAGCCCAAGCUGCUGUCUCCACGGCCUCUGGCCAGCUAGCUAGUCUAAACUUCUCUCCUGUUCCAUCUCAUCCCAUUCCAG